AUUUGUGGUAUGGGUCCUGCCAAAGAGGAAACCCCUGAAGUAGCCUUUGUUCUUUGGUUCAAACGAAAUGGUUCGAUACUCACGACCUAAAUUUGAGACCAUCAGCUAUCUUUGUGUGGCUUCACAAUCACCAUUCAGGGUCCCUUUAGUCCUUUUACGCAACCCUAUCGCCACUAAUUUUGAUACAGACUGAAUAACAAUUUAAUAUAUAGCACGAUUAAUGCCUCUCGGCCAUUAUCCUCCUUCCAUAUUCACUCUCCAUACACCCAACUCCGUUUCUCAAACGUCUUGACAGCCAAUACUCACUGUUGCAAAUAUCCCACGGCAUUUCAAGAACCUCCAAAGCACAAUACAAAAAGAUUCCUUUUCAGAUCCAACAUUAUCACAACUGAACCCCCAAAAUGUCUGCCGCAGCGACAUCCCUCGCUCCUCCCCCCACCUCUCUCGACAGUUUCACAACCGACCUCUUCCUCGCCCUCCACUCCCCCACAACCCCCCAAUCCAGCCUCGCCAUAACCCGCGCAUUCACCCUCAUCCUCCGCGCGCACAAUCUCUCGUCUCACCUCCGAAUCGCCCACCUCCACGAGCACGACUCCCAACAAGCAUCCGGGAGCCAAGUUACAUGUGCCACUGAUUUCUCUAUGCACGGCGCUGAGGCGGGGGGGAUGGUGCCGGUUGCUUGGGCUGUUAAGGGAGGGAUGGUGGUUCCUGUUGAGUAUUUUCCGGGCUGGGGAAGAGGGGCGGGGAUCAAUUUCGAGGGGGAGAUGCUGAGAGAGUUUGUGAGGGAGUUUGUGGGUGUUGUGAGGGAGUGUGGGCUUGAGGGGGUGGUUGGGCUGAGGUUGGUGCAGUAG